AUGGUUCUUUUAACGUCCUCCACAGUUUCGGCCAUUGUGUCAAUGGGAGUGAUCUGCAUAUUUACCGCAUUGCUAUUUCUCUCUGGAUAUGUCUUGCAGCAACAGUCCGUCAAGAAUAUUCAGCAUGCUUUGAAACCCCAGGAAGCCGCCCAAAUGGCCAGACACAGGACGGGCCCCGCAUUCCAAAAGCCACUAAAACGAGGUCUAUCAGACACGGGGUAUGGAGCCGACGAAGAUAUACCAAUUAUCGGGAGUCAACAGAACUAUGACUCAAAUGGAAACUAUGCCUAUCUUCAAAUGCUAUCGGAACCAGAUCCAUCAGACAUCUGCUCCGCAAUCCUCUUCUUCAAACAACUCUCCACAAACGGAACAGCCGUACAGGACCGCCUCUUCAUGUACCCAGAGCAAUGGGAUAGGAUGCCUGCCAAAAGUUUAGGCCCAUCUGCCACCAAAGCGUUAUCAAUAUUACGCGCCGCAAGCGCCAAAUACAAUAUAUGGCUCCUUCCCAUCGACAUGUCAGCAGCCACAGCUGCAGGUUACUCUACAACAAACAGCAAGCUGCUCCACCUUGGCCAGAUACAAUUCAUGCAGUAUGACAGUGUGCUCUAUCUUCAAACACCUGGUAUACUGUUAGACACAGGGAAACUGGAUGAUAUGCUGUUGGGUCGACCCCUGCCCCUCCGCCACGACAAGGACCGCCCAGAGUCCUAUAAUAAUGAGGCAUGGAUUCCUAUGCCGCUUCGUGCAAACCGUGAGGCAGAUCUUCCGCCCGUCUAUCUCAUUACUGUCAAUAAUAUCGAGAAUGGAAAUGUUGAGGCAAGAACUCAUGUUCCCAAUGUUGCGUUGCCUGGUUUUGGUAGUCUUGUGGUUGGUCCUCAGGGGGCUGCCAAAGCAGCGAAAUCGGCGGAUGCCGACCAGCCUGGAUAUGUCUAUUUCGAUAGCGAUCGUGAUGGGCAUGUCAAGUGGGCUAACAAUCCUUAUUUUGGGACCUGGCGAUCCCAGCAAGCUGAAGUUUGUGAGGGGUUGGACUUGGACGAAAUCAUUCAUGACGAGUAA